CUUUCUCUUUCUCUCUCUCCUGAGUUGCCUAGGUCUCGUUUCCUUUACUCUCAUAUGUGAUAAGUUUCAAUUCUUAUAUUUGAUGACCUUAUUUGUUUUAUUUUUCCUUUUCUCGUUCUCUGGUCUGGAGAAACUCUGUUAUAUUUUCUAGGUUUCAGCCAGUUUUGCUCAGAGCUGUCUUCUUCAAUGGCGGCUCUUAACAUUUCGACAAGAAUGUCUCUCCUCAAACCCGAGAGGACCCCUGAUUUUCUACCGUCCUCCAAGCGCCUUAGCGAUUUCCUUGCAUUUCAAUCCAGACCCAGAAAGAAACGUGCCCAGAAGAGCCAUGCAUUCACUAUUAGAUCCAUGACGAUAGCCGAGGAGAGAUACUGAGGCCAGCUCAACUCGCCUAAUGGCCUUGCGGGGAGCCCUGACAAGUACUCUCUUUAUGAUGAUCAGUCCAUUGAAUAUUACUCUAUGGGCCAGGCAAGGGCGACUCCGAACAGUCGAAGAAAAACGAAGAUAGUUUGUACAAUUGGUCCCUCCACAAGCACACGUGAGAUGAUAUGGAAACUGGCAGAAAUUGGAAUGAAUGUGGCACGUUUAAAUAUGUCUCAUGGGGACCAUUCAUCACACCAGAAAACCAUUGAUCUUGUUAAAGAGUACAACUCUCAGUUUGAUGACAAGGUCGUCGCCAUAAUGCUAGACACCAAGGGGCCUGAGGUUCCAAGUGGAGAUUUACCUCAACCUAUAAUUCUUGAAGAAGGACAAGAAUUUAAUUUUACAAUUAAAAGAGGAGUCAUCACAGAAAACACUGUCAGGGUGAAUUAUGAUGCCUUUGUGAAUGAUGUGGAGGUUGGAGACAUGCUACUGGUUGAUGGUGGAAUGAUGUCUUUACUUGUUAAGUCGAAGACACAUGAUACUGUUAAAUGUGAAGUAGUUGAUGGUGGAGAAUUAAAAUCAAGGUGUCAUUUAAAUGUUCGUGGCAAAAGUGCAAAUCUCCCUUCAAUUACAGAUAAAGACUGGGAAGAUAUCAAGUUUGGAGUGGACAACCAAGUCGAUUUCUAUGUUGUCUCUUUUGUAAAAGAUGCUAGAGUGGUUCAUGAGUUGAAAGAUUAUCUUAAAAGUAAAAUAUUACUUCUAUCAUCAGUUUGUUCAGUACCAGUUAUUUGA